UGAGCGUUUCAAACAAAUACCUGUCUGCCUUUACAGCCAGCGUGAGGACGCUGAGCAAGACCUGGGAAACAAGAGCGCUAACGGUUUGCAAAGAACAGUGUCGUCGGAAUCCACGGACUCAGGUUGUGCUCUGGAUUCGCCCGGUCCCGCGACCUCGGACGAUAUCAUGGAGGAAACGUUUGAGAAGGCAAUUCUCGAAUCCAGCCGGCUGAGCUUUCGGAUGCCUUUCAGAAGAAUACAUUCCCUGCCACAAAGCCUCCUGGGGUCCAGUCCUGCUCUGAAGAGAAACAAUUCCGAUUCUCUGGAGGGUGAUGCUUUCCAGCCCUUGGAACAAGAUGAAAACAAGGAGAACGAAUCCUUUGAGUUUAAGAAGCCCACGAAGCCAGCCUCUCGUUUCUCUGUGCCCGGCCGCUCCCGUGAUGGAAAAGGGGUUCCUGGACCGAAGCAGAAUUCAUCCCCAGCUCAGGCAAUUCCCACGGGCGAACAGGAAAACUCCAGGCCAGCUUUCCUGCAGCAGCCUUCUCUGGCUUCCUCCGAAAGCGAAGAUGACGAUGGAUUCCUGGAGCUGCUGGAUGAGCAAGAGUGGAAGAACGAUGAGGAGAUGCCACCCGAUGUGGCGAGCCUCUGGACCGCCCCGCUGGUCAUGAGGAAAACGGACAGUCGGGCCAAACGAUGCCGGUUGUUUGGCUCCUCAUCUCUGCCCAGUCGGGUAGGAAGAACCACCCAGAAAAGGACGGAGAGAUCCCAGGAAGAGAAUUCUCCCGAGAAAAGCAAGAAGAGGAAAAGCCUGCCUGGAACACCUUCCGAGGACUCAACGAGUCUGAAAAUGGUAAAGACGCAGUCCUCCGCGGCCGAGAUCGAAAGCAUUUUGGACAACGACCAGAGGGACCUUAUUGGGGACUUCUCAAAGGGUUAUUUGUUCCACACUGUCGAUGGGAAACAUCAAGAUUUAAAAUACAUCGACUCGGAAAUGAUUGUGUCUGUGCUGACUGGGAAGUUUGCGAGCUUCAUCAAGGAGUGCGUGAUAAUUGAUUGUAGAUACCCAUACGAGUACGAAGGAGGACACAUCAAGGGUGCCGUAAACCUCCACAUGGAAGAGGAUGUGGAGGACUACUUGCUGAAGAAGCCCAUCCAGCCCUCGGAGAACAAGCGAGUGAUUGUGGUGUUCCACUGCGAGUUUUCUUCAGAGCGGGGCCCUCGAAUGUGUCGGUUUGUGAGAGAGCGGGACAGGCUGGGCAACGAGUACCCCAACCUCCACUACCCCGAGCUUUAUGUCCUCAAGGGGGGCUACAAGGACUUCUUCUCCAGGUGCCGGAGUUUCUGCGAGCCCCAGAGCUAUCGCCCCAUGCACCAUGAGGAUUUCAAAGAAGACUUGAAAAGGUUCCGCACCAAGAGCCGAACCUGGGCGGGGGAGAAGAGCAAAAGGGAACUGUACAGCCGCCUGAAGAAGCUCUGA